AUGUAUCGUGGCUCAUUCGCCCCGCCGCCCGCGCAGUCGCCGCCUCUUCAUCACCCCGUCCCGCAGCAUGUGUCGACCGUCCCCAUGAUGCGCUCACCACCUCCACCUACUUCUCAGCAAACCCCGAAUACCGGAUAUGGGGGCAAUCCAUACCAACCUUCACCCGCACAAGGUGGUAGCGGCACCUAUGGUAACCCUGGCUUUGGUGGGUUCAUGGCCGAUCCUACCGCGCAGAUGGGAUUCCAGGUUGGCAAGAGUGCGAUGAUGGCAGGCCAGGAAUAUAUGGAACAGAACUUCAAUCGCUAUGUUUCCAUACCAGCCUUGAAGCACUACUUCAACGUUUCCAACUCCUACGUGCUUAACAAGCUUGCACUCCCCUGGUCUCGCCAGCAGGCUCGAAUGGCCGCAUCUGCAGGUCCAAAUGGCCAGAUUACCCAGCAGCAAUACUCGUCAAUGUUCUUGCCCCCACGAGACGACUUGAACUCGCCCGAUAUGUACAUUCCUGUUAUGGCACUGGUCACAUAUAUCCUUUUGUCGGUUCUGUUGGCUGGAUUCCGUGGUAAUUUCCACCCAGAGCUGCUGGGCUCGAUCACUACGACCGCUAUUGCGGUGAUUAUCUUCGAGAUUUUGUGCUUGAAGAUGGCCAUGUAUAUCUUGACCAUCAACAACGACUCGCAGCUCCUGGAUCUAGUGGCGUACUCAGGAUACAAGUUUGUGGGUAUCAUUGCUACUUUGGUUGCAUCGGAGAUUCUCACCCCAGGCCGAGGAACUGGUGGCUGGGUUGGCUGGACGGUCUUUGUGUACACAUUUUUGGCGAAUGCCUUCUUCCUGCUCCGUUCAUUGAAGUACGUUCUACUUCCCGACUCGACAGAUUCCGCCAUGCAGACCGGUGCGAUGCAUACUGUUGCUCGAUCGCAGCGCAAUCGCCGCACGCAGUUCUUGUUUGUCUACUCGUACGUCAUCCAGUUUAUCUUCAUGUGGGUUUUGAGCCGUGAGGGUCCUUCGGCGCUGGCUUCGAAUGCCAGCUCUUAA